ACACGACACCGCGUAGGCUCAAAGAACCCCGCCAAAUCCCCAAAUCCCCAAAUCCCAGCCAAGCUUGUCCAAAUCACCGCAUCCCACCCCGCAAUGGCGCUCACGGAAAAAGUGCUGCGCCUCAAUGCGCUAACCCCUACGAUGGUCAAUCCGGAGCUAGGGCCACUGUGGCGAGAGAUUCGAGACGAUUUUGCGCGCGAGCAAGCGGGCAACGACGAAGACAGACCAGCAGCUCUCUUUGGCGUGUGGGCGGUGGCCAACAUCCGUCACGUGAUCCUCAACGCGCUGUGCCCGACCGAAUUCCUCGACGCUGUCGAAGCUGCCAGCUGCCACGAAAAGGGCCAGGCGCGGUACCGGAUCAAUUCCUUCUGCAAGGAGUACGGCACGACACCUGCCAUCUGUCAUGUGCUCUUCGAGACCCCUGUUGUGUUCAGCCGCUCUGCCCUUGACGCGCUGAAGAAGCUGCGCAAGGACUACCAGCCCAUCAUCUCCAUCUGCGACAUUUCGCGGGCCUUCCACGAGCAGAGGAUCAAGACCAAGCGCGCUGGACCGGGGACAUGGCUUCGAAAGGCCGUCGUCGAGCUGGCGGGCAGUCCGGACGUUUGGCGGACCAGGAGGCAGCGCAGAGCCAUCGGAGAGGAGGCACCAGACGCGCAAGACACGCCGUUGGCCUCAGAGGCGGAGAUGGACGCCGCAGAGGAGGAUGAUGAUGCCGAGUUUGCUGGUCGGGACGACGAUCAACAACACGGGCACGAGGGCGAGGGCGGUAUCAGCCAGGCUCCGGAACAGGGGCAUGGCGAUGACCACCAAGAUGAACCGGCCCCAGGGGCGGACAUGGACGCUGAGGAGGAAGACAAUGCCGAGCCCGCUGGCCAGGACGACGAUCAGCAACACAGUGAGAGACUCGAGCAUGACCAUGGCCCCGGCCACGGCCACCAAGAUGAACCAGCCCCGGAGGCACCCGGAUCCAGCAUCCCGAUCCAGGAAGAAGACCGUCCUGCCGCCCAUGAUGGCGAUGAUGCCCCAUUUCCCGAGACGGGCCGGCACCGGGCCGACUCCGACCUUCCGGAUCAGUCUUCUCUGUUCGGUGAGGACCCUGCCAGCGCCGACGACAGGUCCGAGGUCGAUGAGGCAGAGAACGCGGUCGUCGUCGACGAUGACAUCGGCGACAUGCCAGGGCCCAGCCAGUCUACCACCCCUGCCCCGUUCCUGGAGCUCGAUUCUACCGAGGAUGCAGCAUUGGCUGUGCCCGACCUCACUUCCGGCAUCCUGGUCGAUAUCAGCGAGGCCACCGAGCAGGAGAUGGUGCCUCUCGACGAACCCGUCCCUGUCUCGCAUUUUCCUCCCGGCGGACCAGCAUCACCCGUCCAAGACACGGACAACGGCGAGGGCAGCUCCCAUCAGCCAGCUGUCAACCCCCCCUCCUCGGUCAAGCGACCCCGGUCGGCGAGCCCCGGCACCGACAACGAAGCCGCCAAGAGAGGCCGGACCGAGACGACGGUGAUGAUGGACACGGGCCUCGGCCAAGCCGUCGAGGCAAUGGGCAAGCUCGAGGGCACCGCGUGGAUCAGCGACGACGUCGUGUUCGCCCUCCUCCGCCGCCUCCCGCGCCGGCACCCGUCGGUGGGGCUGGUUGACAGUCUCAACCUGUGGGCGCGCCGGACGACCCGCCUGAGGGACCGCCUCCGCUCGGAGCUGCUGGAUCGCGACCAGGUGCUGGUGCCCGUCUGCCUGUCUCGGCACUGGCUGCUCUUCCGGUGGAGCGGCGUCGCCAAUGUCCUCGAGAGGUUCGAUCCCAUGCGCGGAGUGACUGUCAUCGGGUUCCUGGAGUGGGUGCUGGACAGGGAGUUGUCCGACAUCCAGACCGCCGACGUCGAGUGCCCGCAGCAAAACAACGGCUACGACUGCGGCGUCUACAUCAUGGAGUUCGCCCUCCGCCUCGCCGCAGCAACCACCGCCACCACCCCCCCGGCACCGCAGUUGCUCGACGCCGCAAUGGACGGCCAGGUCCUCCGCCGCCGCUUCGCCGACCUCCUCGUCACCUCCGACGACGCCGUGCUCCCCCUCGCCGAGUACCAUCCCUCCUCCUCCUCCGACAACCCCCUCCUCCUACGCAGCAACCGCCUCUCGACCAUCGCCCAGCGCGCACCCCACCUCCGCGCCCUCGCCGGAGACCACCGCGCCGCGGCCCCCCACAUCUACACGCCGCCCGUGCCCUUCGCCACCAUCGCCGACUGCGAGAUCGCGGGGGAGUGCGUGUUCGCGCUGGCUAGCACCGUGCACGACCUGCACGCGCGGCACCGCGCCGUCCUGCUGUCUGCGGCGGGGAGGGGCGCGAGGUUGGAUGUGCAGAGGAGGCAGAGGGAGUUGCUUGGGGAGUUUCUUGCGCUGCGGAGGAGGGGGGUGGGAGGGGAGGGUGAGGGUGGGGAGUAUGCUGAUGCUAUGGCGGCUGUGGAGGAGAAGGUUUGUGUGGUGGAGGGGCUGUGGAAUAGGGGGUUGGAUGGGGGGGUUGGGGAUGCAGAGAGGGAGGUGGUGAGGGAGAUGUAUGCUGAGUGUGUGGUGCUUUUGUUGGUCAUGCGGUAUGCUGUGGGACGGUAUCGCGAGGUGCUGCCUGUGUGGACGCAGCUGAGGGGGGAGUGUGGGUUGUGAGGCUUUGCUGGACUGUGGUUGCUGUUGGGUUGGUGUCGUUGCUGUGGGUAUUUGCUAUUCGGGUCUCUAAGGAGUGUUUACUUGCUUAUACGAUACCCUAGAGUUGAUAUCACUGCGGUAUAUGCCUUG